AUGUCCAACAGCAGCUCCAUCAGCCAGUUCCUCCUCCUGCCGUUCACAGACACACGGGAGCUGCAGCUCUUGCACUUCUGGCUCUUCCUGGGCAUCUACCUGGCUGCCCUCCUGGGCAACGGCCUCAUCAUCACCACCAUAGCCUGGGACCAGCACCUCCACACCCCCAUGUACUUCUUCCUGCUCAACCUCGCCCUCCUCGACCUGGGUGCCAUCUCCACCAUCGUCCCCAAGUCUAUGGCCAAUUCUUUCAUGGAUACCAGGGCCAUUUCUUAUAUGGGCUGUGCUGCCCAAGUCUUUCUGUUUUCCUUUUUCAUUUCAGCAGAAUAUUCUCUCCUCACCAUCAUGUCGUACGACCGCUACGUUGCCAUCUGCAAACCCCUGCACUACGGGACCCUCCUGGGCAGCAGAGCUUGUGUCCACAUGGCAGCAGCUGCCUGGGCCACUGGGUUCCUCUAUUCUCUGCUGCACACGGCCAAUACAUUUUCACUGCCCCUGUGCAAGGGCAAUGCCCUGGGCCAGUUCUUCUGUGAAAUCCCCCAGAUCCUCAAGCUCUCCUGCUCAGAUGCCUACCUCAGGGAACUUGGGCUUGUUAUAUUUGGUGCAUCUGUAUUCUUUGUAUGUUUUGUGUUCAUUGUGGUGUCCUAUGUGCAGAUCUUGAGGGCCGUGCUGAGGAUCCCCUCUGAGCAGGGACGGCACAAAGCCUUUUCCACCUGCCUCCCUCACCUGGCCGUGGUCUCCCUGUUUGUCAGCACUGGCACGUUUGCCCACCUGAAGCCUUCCUCUAUUUCCUCCCCCUCCCUGGAUCUGGUGGUGUCUGUUCUGUACUCAGCGGUUCCUCCAGCAGUGAACCCCCUCAUCUACAGCAUGAGGAACCAGGAGCUCAAAGAUGCCCUGUGGAAACUCUUGACUUAGUGUUUUCUGAAGCAAUAAACUGCCCAUCUUUUUCUACAUAAGAGUUUUAAUGUAACUAAUUACAGAACCAGCCUUUCAUCUCUAUUUUUUCUUGUUGAUGGUGGUUUUAUUGUGAUAAUGUUGUCAUCCCCCAUUCACUGCCUGCUUUUCUUGUAUAACUACUGUCCAUGAUCUCAUGUAUUUAAACAAAAUAAAGGGC